AUGGACCAUAUGCUGACCCAAAUGGAGGAAUAUGCUAAAAAUCUAGAAGAAGAAGUUGAAAAAAAGCGAAGAGAAGCGAAUGAGGAAAGAGAGAAAAUAGCCAGCCUACUAGAUCGUAUUUUGCCUAAGCAAAUAGUAGAAACCUUAAAGACCGGAGUGGAGAUGGAACCAGAAAGUUUCAACGAAGUUUCACUUCUUUAUCUCAAUAUUGUAUCGUUCACCUCUAUCACUUCCAAAUGUCUGCCGUUACAGGUUAACACUGUUGGAGACUCUUACUUAUGUGCGUCAGGAAUACCAGUACGAAACGGUCAUGAACAUGGUCAUGAAAUUGCCACCUUAGCGCUGGACAUCGUGAAGAAUUUUAAAAACUUUAAAUCUAAACUGCUAUCCGAACAAAAUUUUCAGUUACGUAUCGGCGUUCACACAGGCCCUGUCGUAGCUGGCUUAACUGGUAAGAGUAUGCCUCGGUAUAAUGUGUUAGGAGACUCUGUGAAAAUCGUUCGCCAGCUUGAAUGUAGCGGAAAACCUGGAAAAAUUCAUCUAUCCUCAGACGCUAAUCGUUUUCUAACUGAAGUGCUGUCAGGAUAUGAGACAAUACCGCGAGGUGAAAUGCUCAUAAAGGUAUAACU